AUGUCUCUUCUUGCGGUCCUCAACGUCCUUUCCUCCUCCGAUGUCCCGGUUUAUUCUCGACAUCUUUCUCUUACGACGUUCUCGAUCUUUGCUGUCUACGCCUACCGCGACAUUUGGCCUUUCAUGACUUUCACUCUCCGGCCAGCAGACGAGGCUGAAGGUCUUGUACUAUGGAUCAAAGUCGCGCUUGCGGCAUUUGCGGGCGUGGUCGAGCCGCUGCUUGAACCCUACCCAUAUUUCCCACUGAAUCCUAAGAACCGGAUGUCGUCGCCCAACUCAGAACAAACGGCCUCAAUAUUUUCUUUCCUCCUUUAUAUCUUUUUAGACCCUGUGGUAUGGCAGGCCUAUCGUGUCCCGCAUCUUUCGCACGACCAGCUUCCGCCGCUGCCCGACUACGACGAGGUCAAGUACCUGAUACAAGAAAACUACAAUAGAUUGGACCCCUUCUCCGGCGCGAGGCAGGCACCGCUAUUUCUUGGUUUCGCCAAGGUGUUCAAGACCGAGUUUAUAUAUCAGAUCUUCAUUCUUAUCGUCGAGGCCUUCUUUAAACUCGCUGCUCCUGUGGGUGUCAACCGUCUGUUGAGGUACAACAAGGAAAGUGUAUACACCGCGGACCGCAUAGUAGUGAAACCGUGGGUGUGGAUCCUAUGGAUCGCCCUUGGACCCAUGGCCGAUACAGUGCUGACACAGUUGUACACAUACAUUUCUAGUGAAGUUGUUGUGCGCACUGAAGCUCUUGUCACUGCCCUGGUUUUCGACCACUCGCUGCGAAUCCGAUUCAACGUGAGCGCCGUACCAGAUAAAGACGGCGCCGAAAACGGUCGGGCCGCGGAGAGCAACCUCGUCGGCAGGAUCAACAACCUUGUUACAGGCGACCUAGAGGCGAUUGGCCAAGGACGCGAUUUUUUGUCCCUCGUGGUCUCCGUCCCCGUCCAGGUGGCUCUUGGUAUGUGGUUCUUGUAUACUGUGCUCGGAUGGAGUGUAUUCGUUGGAAUGGCUGUCAUGAUAUCUCUGGCACCUGUCCCUGCGAAGUUUGCGUCGCUCAUUGGCGGUAUCAUGAAGAGAAAGAUGGAGGCGACCGACGCUCGAGUGCAAACGGUGACUGAAGUGAUGGGCGUGUUGAGGAUGAUCAAGCUCUUCGGUUGGCGAAUAUUUGCAGAGAAUGAUAUUGCGGAGAAAAGAGAAGUAGAGCUGACUCUCCUGUGGAGGAGGCGGAUGUUGGACUUUCUUAACUUCUUCAUCAACCAUACCAUUCCGCUCGUCCACAUGGUCGUCACCUACAUAAUAUUUACGUUGGUCAUGAAGCGCGACCUCACAGCAUCCAUCGUCUUCUCCUCGAUGACUGCUUUCAACAUGCUCCGAAAUCAGCUUUUUAAAGUGCUGAAUACAAUGCCGACGCUUAUAACUGCAAACGUCUCUCUCGGACGGCUCGCGGACUUCCUCUGGAAUACCGAACUUCUGGACGCGUUUGAAGAGGAUCCGACCGCGGAGCUGGAGCUGUCAAAUUCUCACAAGGAACAUAUUGGCUUCGGCAAAGCCGAGUUUUCUUGGAUCAAGUCGCUGCAUGGGACCGCUGAGCGCGCUUCUGAUUUCCGGCUUCGUGUCGAGGACGACAUGGUCUUUCACCGUGGCGCAAUCAAUUUGAUCGUCGGUCCGACAGGCUCAGGGAAGACCUGUGCGUUUAUGGCGCUCUUGGGCGAGAUGCAUUACAUGCCCGCUGGGCACGAUGCAUGGGUAAGUCUUCCUCGAGCUGGCGGCAUAGCAUAUGCGGCACAGGAGUCUUGGGUGCAAAGCGCGACCAUCAAAGAAAACAUCCUGCUGAAUCAUCCGUAUGACGAGGCGAGGUACAAGAAAGUCCUACACCAGUGUGCGCUCAACCAAGACCUGCGCCUUCUCAAGGCUGGUGACGAGACAGAGGUGGGGGAGCGGGGCUUGACUCUGAGGUACGCGCGCGUCACCCUUGCACGAGCCGUCUAUUCCCAGGCUGAGAUCCUUCUGUUGGAUGAUACUCACGCUUUGCAGGAUGUACACACCGCACGUUGGAUCGUCGACAAAUGCCUCGCUGGCGACUUAGUCGAAGGCCGUACUAUAUUACUCGCUACCCACAAUAUCGCUCUAACGAGAUCUGUUGCGAAAUUUGUCGUUUGCCUGAGCAAGGACGGUACCAUCAUCAACCAAGGUCCGCCGGCUCAAGUCUUCGAAGGUGAUGCAGCUUUAGCAGAAGAAGUGCGCCACCAGAUCCAAGCUCUAGAGUUGGAUGAGCACGAAGGCGAGAUAAUUGAGGUAGCGGAACAUAUCAAGGCGGAUCAACUUAUUGUCGCGGAAGAAAUCGCCGUUGGUCGUGUGAGCUGGCAGGCUGUGAAGAUGUUUCUCGCUGCCCUCGGCGGGAACUGGCCUAUGCUCUUCUGGUCGCAAAUAUUUUUGGGCCUUGGCCUGUCGGAGUUCUUCGACGUUGUCGAGAUGUGGUGGCUCGGCCGCUGGGCGCACCAGUACGCCAUCCAGCCGCACGACAAAGUCCAAGUAACAUUCUAUCUGAUGAUUUAUUGCGCCAUCAUCAUGUCUGUCGUGCUAGGCAGCGCAUGGGGUACCCUAUUCUAUCUCCUUGGAUCGAAGCGAGCGUCUCGCAUAAUCAACGGAAGGCUUGUAUCCUCUCUGCUAGGGAGUACAUUCCGGUGGCUGGAUGUAACACCGACGUCGCGUGUCAUCACUCGCUGUACUCAAGACAUUCAAGCGGUCGUCGUUACACUGAACAUGCUCAUCAAGCUAACCGCUGUGAUUGUCUACACUCCUGUCUUCCUCGUCCCAGCCAUCCUCACUGCAGCGCUCGGGGUCUGGUUCGGCCAUAUGUAUGUCAGAGCACAAAUGUCUGUCAAACGUGAGCUGUCGAGCGCGAAGUCUCCUGUCCUGAGUGUUUUCGGUGGUGCAAUGGACGGACUCGUGUCGAUCAGAGCGUACCACGCCCAACAAUAUUUCAGAACAGAGCUGCUAGGACGCAUUGACCACUGUACGAGGGCCGCUAAGGCUUUCAACAAUUUGCAGCGCUGGAUCUCCGUCCGUAUCGACAUGCUUUCAGCUAUAUUCUCAUCUGCAGUAGCUUUCUAUCUGGUCUACAGUGGAUACUCGACCGAUCCAGCCAGCAUCGGUUUCAUCCUGACAGUAGCAGUAACGUUCACGGAAAUGGUGCUGUGGUGUGUGAACAUGUACAACGGAUUCGAAGGUUGCUUGGAGCGCAUACUUCAGUAUCUUCAUAUCGAGCAGGAGCCCGCGGGUGGCGAAGUCCCUCCAGCGUACUGGCCGUCUAGUGGUGCACUGGAAGUCAAGAAGCUGUCCGCGCGAUACUCGCCUGAAGGGCCCGAGAUACUACAUGACUUGUCAUUCUCAAUAGGGAUGGGAGAACGGGUGGGAAUAGUCGGACGCACUGGGUCUGGGAAGUCGACUCUAACUCUGGCCUUGUUGCGCUGUAUAUGCACAGACGGCCUCGUUAUCUUCGACGGCAUCCCGACUCAGGCUCUUACAUUGGACGCUUUGCGCUCCAGCAUCACGAUCAUACCACAAAUGCCCGAAUUGGUCAGCGGCACCCUGCGCCGCAACCUUGACCCUUUCAGCCAACACGACGAUGCCAUUUUGAACGACGCUCUGCGGUCUGCAGGGCUCUAUGUGGCGCAGCACACGGCCGACGAACGCCGCUUCACAUUGGACACGACGAUCGCUGAUGGGGGCGGUAACUUGUCUGUCGGACAGAGGCAGAUCAUUGCGCUUGCCAGAGCAAUUGUACGACGGAGCAAGCUGCUAAUUCUGGACGAAGCUACAUCGGCAAUUGACUACGAGACCGACGCCGUUAUUCAGCAGUCGUUAAGGAACGAGCUCAAGGAUGUGACGGUCAUCACUGUGGCCCACCGUCUCCAGACAAUCAUGGACUACGACAAGAUAGUAGGUGCCAAUAUUUCGAACCUUCGUGAGUAUGCUCAACGGUGCUUAACGUAG